AUGUUUGGAAAUGUCUUCCUUCACCGCGGCAGGGCACCGGCGCGAUUUGCCGAGCUCGAGACCCUCGUCGAGCGCGUCGACGGCGAGAGGGCCGAGGCCGUCGAGGCCAAGACGGCACAGGAGGAGGCCGUCGAGGCGCUCGAGGCGAGGCUCGCGGCCGCCGUCGACGAGAUGGAGGCGCUGUCCGACCGCGUCGAGGCCGUCACGGCAGCCAAGGCCCGCGAGGUCGCCGCCCUGAACCGGCAGGCCGGCAAGGCGCUCGCCGUGCGGGACGCGCGCGUCGCCGAGCUGCGCGAUGAGGUGGACCGGGUCAACGGCGCGCUGCGGGGUGCUUACGAGACGAUCAAGGAUCUCCGCGUCGACAAGGCCGGCGUCGAGAGAGACCUCGCGCGCGAGAAGGAGAGGGCCGAGGGCGUCAUGGACGCCAUGCGCGCCGAGCUCGAGAGGGUCGUCAGCGCGAGCCGCGAGAUGCUGUCGCAGCAGCCGGCGGCGGGCGCCGAUGGGGAGGAGCAAGGCGUGCUGUCGUCGCCCCUGAAGGGCGGCGUCGACGGCCGCCGCGGGCGUCUGCUGUCUGGCGACCUCGCGAGGCGGGCCUCGGGGCGGAAGAGGAGACGCCAUGACAGCGGCAUGGGGCUGCUGGAGGAGGAUGAGGUGGACAUUUGA